UCCGCGGCUCACAUGCCGCGCGCACAUGCAACGGUGCUUUACCAGCGUUCCAAAUGUCGACAGUCCAACUGUUUCGCCUCCACUCUAGCUCUCCACCAAUGAAGACGUGCGAACGAAUAACGAUUGAGAGGAGGGGAGGGUGGGGGAUGAGAUACUCUAGAGCGUAACAGAGGCAGUCAGAGAAAGAGCGAGUGUGAGAGUAAUCCUUGUCAUACAAAACAGAGGUUGAAGGGACAAAAAAAAACUGGUCACAUUUCUCAGACACCUGAAAACGUGCUGGUGUAGUGUGGGCGCGGUGUAUUGCCUAUUAGUGGGUGGGUGUGCUUAAACUUCUUUCACACUUUUGACUUUGGAGAUGUUCAUGGUGACUGACUGGCACUAAAGCUGAAUGCUUGGAAUUUAUUUUCAAAGAAUGCUUGUUAUGUUACAGUGAUAGUUUACUGUACAUCACACGACCUACGAACACCAAGCGAAGCAGGCUAGAGGCAGCAAAGGCACUGAAUUACGCACCUUGGAGACGAUUUGUAACCAUUUCGUCAAACGAUACCUGUUUAGGUUUUGCUGAUCUUUAAAUCAGUUUCGAUUUGUUUCCACACUUGACGGGUUUGAUGAACCCCCAAUGACCUGCAUACGGUCUUAUUGGGAUACCCGCUCUAUGCUUUCUUGGCGGUUCAUGACUAUUUCACCUAUAUCAACGAAAUUCCUACUUGACGCAAGAGACAAACCAACAUUUAAUAAUUCCAGUACCAUUUAAAAUCAACCAAAUACCCGAAAACAUGGACAACAGCCCUGGUGGUGUGAUACUGUAUGCUGGAUCAUCUGGUAGUGCCAGCCCCAGCCCUGGCAGCCCCUCCAGCGGGUACCAGACCCAGUCCCCCCGGUCCUCCCACUCCCAACCCUCAUCUCCUGAACCUGUCUCCUUCCCCGAGAUCGGCCCUCUUAAGAGAGAAAGAGGGGAGAACAGGGGAGGACCCUCGCCCAAACUAGUCUUCCAGUUCCCUGAAGCCAAUGCCACUACAGCCACUACAUCCUCUGGCAAUACCUACGCCCACCCUAUGGUGGCCAAGAGGCCCUGUGGCUUCACUGGCACCUUCACCAAGACAGGAGGCAUGGUGCUCCUGUGUAAGGUGUGCGGGGACAUUGCGUCUGGCUUCCAUUACGGCGUUCACGCCUGUGAAGGCUGCAAGGGUUUCUUCCGCCGCAGCAUCCAGCAGAACAUCCACUACAAGAUGUGUGUGAAGAAUGAGAGCUGCCUGAUCAUGCGUAUGAACCGCAACCGCUGCCAGCACUGCCGCUUCAAGAAGUGUCUCUACGUGGGCAUGUCCAGAGAUGCUGUGCGUUUUGGGCGUAUCCCAAAGCGUGAGAAGCAGAGGCUAUUGGACGAGAUGCAGAGCUACAUGAACAGCCUCAACGAAUCAGCAUCCAUGGAGAUUGACUCCUCCCCUUCUUCCUCUGAGGCCCCAGCCAGCCCAGAACCUGGCGAGUCCAUUUCCUCUGCCUACUGCAACAUCUUUGCCCAAGAGGAUGUGAAGCCAGUAAUCAAGAUGGCCGUCAACAACAACAACAUCCGCAACAAUCCAGCACAUGAGUCUGGCUACGCUCACCCCGCACCCCAAACCCACUCUCAUUCCAACCCCUCUCAGGGGUACCAGUCACAUCCCACACAAAGCUACCAGACCCCCUCUCGCUGCCCACGCAACAACAAUGUUGACAACGCCCAGUAUACAUACCAACCAUCAUUCAAUCAGAGUCAAUGCCCAAUGUCCAAUGGCAGCCAGUCCGCUAAGACCUUCCAAGCCAAUCACAACAGCUUUCCAGCCGGCGAGUCUCAAAACCAGACCACCUGCCCCUGGAAGUUGAGUGGAGGUGCCAAAGUUCUGGCAUGUCCCCUGAAUGCAUGUCCCGUAGCCCCCCGUGACCGUUCCAGCCAGCAGAUCUGGGACGCCUUCUCCCAGUGCUUCACCCCGGCCGUCAAGGAGGUGGUGGAGUUUGCCAAGAGCAUCCCCGGGUUCCAGAGUCUCAGCCAGCACGACCAGGUCAUGCUGCUUAAGGCCGGCACCUUCCAGGUGCUGAUGGUCAGGUUCUGCUCACUAUUCGACCCCAAGGAGAAGACUGUGACCUUCCUGAACGGCCAGACAUACCCUCUGACGUCCCUGCGGGCGCUGGGUAUGGGCUCUCUGCUGGACGCCAUGUUUGAGUUCAGUGAGAAGCUGGGAGCUCUGGGCCUGCAGCCUGACGAGAUGGCCCUCUUCAUGGCUGUGGUGCUAGUGUCUGCUGACUGUUCAGGUGUGGCUGACGUAGUUGCAGUGGAGCAGCUUCAGGAGAGUCUGAUCAAAGCCCUGCGCUCGCUCAUCACCCGCCGUAGCCCCGACGACAGCGCCCUCUUCCCCAAGCUGCUGCUGCGCCUGCCCGACCUGCGCACCCUCAACAACCUGCACUCCGACAAGCUGCUGGCCUUCAGCAUCGACCCCUAAGGGCCAGGUGGAACUACAGCCAACAGGGGCACCCACUGACUACCGGACCCCUGAAAGGGGCAGUCCUCUUGGGGAACAGCCUCAUGACGCUUUCACUCCAGCCACAAGCCACCAGCCGGUCAUCCUCAGGCUCUCUUCAAUGGGCUGUGUUUGCUGGAGCUAGGACUGGGGCAGAAGCAGGGUUGGACAGGGUGAAUGAGUGGACUGAGAGGCAUCUCAGAGAAAGAUGGAGGAAAAUAGGAGGGAGUCUCUUCAACUAUGACCUCAUGAACAAUACUCACAGCUGGUAGAAUCUCUCAUAGACUUAUAGUCUGCUGAACAAGUUGGUGUGCUGUGAGUUAGACAGCAAAUCCUCAUCUUAGUCCUCCAUUACCCAUAUUUCUCAGUGACAGAAGACCAAAAGACAGUUCCAUUCCUCCUCUCAUUCCGUGCCUCACUAUGUCCUCCUGUCCCGCCACAGACACAGACAGAAAACCAGCAAGAAGGAAGCACACCCUCUUCACGUGAGAAAGGGACAUUUUCUUUCUACACAUUCAAACACAGCACUUUCCAUACAUCAACAAACCUCUGAAAUCAACCCAUAUGACAGAGCAAUAGCAAUGUAUAACACACUAUUAGAUCCCUAACUGACUGUGUAUGCACUGUUAAAAAGACCUAAGCUAUUUUCAAAAUCACGUCAUUAAUCUUUUUGGAAAUCCAAUAUUUGGGAUUUGAUGAGAAAAUGUAUUAUUUACAUUUAUAAGAAUUGAGAGUAUGAUGCAUUAUAUUUGUAUGAUGUAAUCAGGGAGAUAUUUGGUCAUUUUAGACCACAUUUGUCGGGUUAUAUGUAUAUAUAUAUGUAUUAAGGUAUUCUAUUGUUGAACAUAUUGUAUAUAAUAUUUGUGACUGGUUCCUACUUCAUUUGUUUGUGUUGAUUGCUGUAUGAUGUUAGCACUAUUGAAGACACAAAGCAGGGGUUCUAUGUUUGAGAGGUGCACAAUUGUGUGGGGGGGAUGCAAGGUGUGCAUCUGCUGUAUGGGGCCAGUGGUCUUCCCGUCAUGAACUGAUCCUUACAACCCCCAACACUCAUCCUUACCGCAACAAGAGAGCAACUGAUGGAACCAGUGCACAAACCAUGUAAAAAAGUAUUUGAUUUGAACCAAUAUUAUUGAAAUAUAACUAUUGUUGAUUGAUCGAUGCAUUACCUUGUGUAUAUUUUGUAAAUGUAUCAUGGUUAAACUUCUUCCAUAGAGAACCAAUAUUAAAUGAGAUUAUAUACCGUA